AUGAAUAUAAAUUUAUUUUCCGACACAGUUGUAUCAAUUCUUGAUGGUGCUUAUCAAUACAGCGAUAAUUUACUGAACUGCAUCGGUGUCGGUAGUUAUGGUCAUGUAUAUCGCGGUUUGGAUUUAGCGAAGGGAAAAGAAGUUGCUAUAAAGAAAUUAAUAAAAAGUGAUGUAAAACCGAACGAGAUUAAAGUAAUGAAGUCAAUAAACAGUCGCUACCUUGUUAAAUUUAUCGAUGUACAUAUUAGUGAUAUCAAUUUAUAUAUAAUUAUGGAAUUAUGCUCAAUUGAUCUUGAAAAACAUCUACAACUUUACUGCGAACGACAAAUUUUAGACGACUUUAAUUUGAGGAUCUUGACGGACAAUAUAUGCCAAGGAUAUCUAGCAUUAUAUAAUAAUCAAAUCGUUCAUCGCGAUAUAAAACCACAAAAUAUUCUUAUCACCUACGAUAACAAUAAAAAUUUUGAAAGCGCUAAAAUCACAGAUUUUGGAAUAUCACGAUUAUUAAAUGAGGAAAAAAAUGGCAUGUGUUGUAAUAUUGCCGGGACGCCUGAAUAUAUGGCACCUGAAAUCGCCGCAAAUAUUUUGAAAGAUUCGGAUUAUAAUCAUCAAGUUGAUAUGUGGAGCAUUGGUUGUCUCUUAUACAGAUGCAUUGCUGGACAUGUACCAUUCGAUGAAGCAUAUUUAUGUAAAUUAAUUCUAUAUUCAGCGUGUUCAAAUUAUGAUGCUUAUGAUAAACCAGAAAUGCCGGAAGAAAUGCCAGACCAAGAAUUUAUUAAUAUCGUAAAUUCAUUACUGGAAUUUGAUCCUAUAAUGAGGACAAAACCAGAAGAAUUUCAUGAAUUAGCAUUAGCAUGGGCAAAACAAUAA